AAUUGAUACUCACUCAAAACAAUCUACUUAACAGAUGCUCCAUAGUCAACCUCCUAACCGCGGGAGGGAUUCAGAGAUGAAAAGAUAGAUUGCUUUCAAAUUGAAUGAAAAGAGGACAUGGCAAAAGGUCGAACAUUCGCUCCAUCGAAGGAGAAAGAAGGAAACUGGUAUUCUACGCGGGGCUGGCCUAGGACGCUCGAUGUCACUAAACCACAAGAACGAAGGGUGGCAUCCCCUCCCACGAGAUUUAACAGCAAACACGAGGUCCCGUUCAGAAGAUUUGCUUUUUCAACACACGAUAACAGACAUACAUUCCAAGACCAGGGAGAGUACUUUGGAAACGGACUUGGACGUCGAACUUUUCCCGACAGAUGUCAGCACUACUCCAACAAUCUGAUCACAUGGGAGACAAAUAAUGACCCUCGCUCGUGCUAUAUGGCGUCUUACCAAGGUCUCCAGGGAAAUGAUAACAGCCGGUAUAGACGGUUUCCGCGUGUUCAUCUUGAAGGAAAACCUGGUUCUGCCCCAUCAGAAACCACAACCACCAAGUGGUUUAAGCAACCAGACGUUCCGUACAAAACACCUCUGCACGUACUGGCGAUAACUCAAGAACCGUUUCUGACCCCCAACAAAUGGGUAUAUUCGUACAGACCGAUAUGGUAUUAACAGUAAUUGAUGUUGCCUUUACGUGGUUUUUAUUUAUUUAG